CCCUUUCUUUCUCCUCAUGUGUUUGCUGGGUGGUGCAUGCUCUCCCUCUGCUGCUUAAUGUUGGGAUAAAAAAAAAACAAAAAAACGGAGGAUUGAAUAGAAAAAAAGAAACCUGGAGGGGAUUUUUAGCUUCUAAUCAGCACAUGUAGAAGAUGGAAAAGCAGCCCGGUGCUUUGAGCAGAAACCCUCAUACUCUAAAUACAUGGAAGGCUCAGGAGCUGUACUAUCUGAGAAUGCAAAGAACCAAAGAGAAGAUGGAGCGGGAAAAGACUGAAGAAGACCUUUACCAGAACAAGAAUAGACUGAAAGUGUGUGUGGCGACAUGCAACAGAGCCGACUACUCCAAGUUAGCCCCCAUCAUGUUUGGGCUCAAAUCCCACCCUGAAGAGUUUGAACUGGAAGUCGUGGUUCUUGGUUCCCACCUCAUCGACGAUUACGGAAACACGUUCCGUAUGAUAGAGCAGGAUGACUUCGACAUCGGCUCCAAACUUCACACCAUCGUGCGAGGAGAAGAUGAAGCGGCCAUGGUGGAGAGCGUCGGCCUGGCCCUGGUGAAGCUCCCUGACGUCCUGCAGAGGCUUCGCCCCGACAUCCUGAUCGUCCACGGCGACCGUUUUGACGCGCUCGCUCUGGCAACUGCUGCCGCACUGAUGAAUAUUCGGAUACUUCAUUUGGAGGGAGGCGAGGUUAGCGGCACUAUCGACGACUCAAUCCGACACGCGAUCAGUAAGCUGGCGCAUUAUCAUGCCUGCUGCACGCGCAUGGCAGAGCAGCACCUCAUCGCCAUGUGUGAGGACCACUCGCGCAUCCUGCUGGCCGGAUGCCCCUCAUACGACAAGCUGCUGUCCACUUAUCACCGGGAUGACUACAUGGAUAUCAUCAAAAGCUGGCUAGGAGACAAAGUGAAGGAAAAUGACUACAUUGUGGCGCUGCAGCACCCCGUCACCACAGACAUCCAGCACUCCAUUAAAAUCUAUGGACUGAUGCUGGACGCACUGAUCUCCUUCAACAAGAGGACGCUCAUCCUCUUCCCUAAUAUCGAUGCCGGAAGUAAGGAGAUGGUGCGCGUCAUGCGAAAGAAGGGCAUCGAGCAGCACCCCAACUUUCGGGCAAUGAAGCACAUUCCCUUUGAGCAGUUCAUCCAGCUCGUGUCGCACGCCGGCUGCAUGAUCGGAAACAGCAGCUGCGGCGUCCGGGAGGCCGGGGCCUUCGGCACACCGGUCAUCAACCUUGGAACAAGGCAAACAGGGAGAGAAACGGGUGAAAACGUUUUACAUGUCAGAGACGCUGACAGCGAUAAUAAGAUCUACCAUGCUUUGGAGCUUCAGUUUGGAAAGCGAUAUCCAGGCUCUAAAAUCUACGGUGACGGCAAUGCAGUGCCCCGGAUUCUGAAGUUUCUGAGUAGCAUCGACCUGAAAGAGCCGCUCCAGAAGACCUUCUGCUUUCCUCCUGUGAAAGACACCAUCUCCCAGGACAUCGAUCACAUCCUGGAAACACAGAGCGCUCUGGCUGUCGACCUGGGCGGCACCAACCUGAGGGUGGCCAUCGUCUGCAUGCGAGGCAACAUAGUAAAGAAAUACACAGAGCCUAAUCCGAAGACCUUCGAGGACAGGAUGCAUUUGAUAUUAAAGAUGUGCAAAGAAGCAGUGCAAGGUGCUGUGCGGCACAACUGCAGGAUCCUGGGCGUUGGAAUUUCUACUGGCGGCCGUGUGAACCCACAGGAAGGCAUCGUCCUUCACUCCACCAAGCUGAUCCAGGAGUGGUCCUCAGUGGACCUGAGGACCCCCAUCUCGGACGCCCUGGGCCUGCCCGUCUGGGUCGACAACGACGGCAACUGCGCCGCGCUGGCCGAGAAGAAGUUCGGCCACGGCAGGGGGGUGGAUAACUUCGUCACAGUCAUCACAGGAACAGGUAUUGGAGGAGGUAUUAUCCAUAACUCUGAGCUGAUUCAUGGCAGCACCUUCUGCGCCGCUGAGCUGGGUCACAUCAAGGUUUCUCUGGACGGCCCAGAGUGUUCCUGCGGCAGCCAGGGCUGCAUCGAAGCCUUCGCGUCCGGAAUGGCCCUGCAGAGGGAGGCCAAGCGAUUGCACGACGAGGAGCUGCUGAAGAUGGACGGGAUGGAUGUGAAGCUUGCCGAGCCGAUCACCGCCGCCCACCUCAUCAGGGCAGCCGAAAACGGCAACUCCAAGGCCAACGCUGUCCUGGACAAAGCGUCCCUGGCGCUCGGCGUAGGGAUCGUCAACAUCCUCCACAUAGUCAACCCGUCUCUGGUGAUUUUGUCCGGAGUCCUGGCGUCUUACUACCAGGCCCCGGUGCAGCAGGUCAUGUUAGAGAGAGCGCUGUUCUCCGCCCAGAGCAUCAAGGUCGUCAAGUCCGACCUGGAAGAACCGGCCCUGCUCGGCGCUGCUAGCAUGGUGUUGGACUACGCUACAAGGAGGACGUACUGAGAGAACUGGAAAUGCACUUGGAACAUGUUUUACCAGAAUAUAUCAAGUAAACAUUGAUAAAAGGAGGAAGGGCUUGUAGUAAAGACUUGAAUCUUGUAUUGCAAUGAAUCCUUAUCCUAAUUUAAGUUUUUUUUGGGAGAACAACCCUAGAAAUCGAUUGCUUGUUUACAGAUAUUAAUGACUGUGGUUUGAAACUGGGGAGGGCUGAAGAGGUGAUUAACUAGUUUAUUGCACAAUAUUCCGAGGUUUUUUUCUAGCUAAAUUAUUGGGUUGUUUUUUUUUUAUCUUUGUUGUCAUUUGCCAUCUAAACUGUGAAGCAUUUUCCAUUUGCCUUUGUGUUUUGGUGAAUUUAGGCAAAUCUAAUACUACAUGUUCCAUAAAGUUUAUCAAUAUGUCGUCUGCUAACAUCAGCAGCAUGAUGAUGGCUAAGCUGAUUCCACUAUGGUUCAGAUUAUAAACCAUUUGAAGCCUUUUAUUUAAUUUUAUUUCCAACAGAUCUGUACUAGUUCUUGGCUCCAUCAGUUGAAACAAAGAUGCUCCGGAUCUACCGAAUCUUUUGAAACUUUAAGCCAAAUUUCUGUGUGCAAUUUGUCGGUGGCAAUCUUACUAGCGAAUCUGUCUAAUGUGUGGAAAUUGGUGAAGGGGAACAACAGAGCAAAUUACAUGUCUACUAACCAUUACUCAAGAGGAUGUUGUUUUCUAGAGAAUGAAAAUAUUCACUUAGCUUUUAAAUGUGUUUUUUUUUUUUUUUUUUUUUUUACUUUUUUCCCCAAUAUGCUCAGAUUUAUGUUCUCCCAUCACAGGAUCUUGUGAGUUCUCCGAAACCUAUUCCAAACCCAAAUAGCGCCCUUGAAAUAAUCCCCAGACGUUCCCAUGUUAAAGAGCUGCAAUUCCCAAAAUAUUCACUCAUUUUCGAGGUACUUUGCUUCAGUUUAAAGCUAGCAGUCUUUGCUGUAAGCCCAAACUCAGUGGAUCACUUUUACCUGACUGUUUUCUGGUAUUAAAUCUUGACUUUAGUCUUGUUUUGACAAAGUGGACCUUAUUUCUUUCACUGCAGUAAAAAAUCUGUUUGUUCUGAUCAAAUUUUAUCAUCAUUUUAUUGUGUUUGAAUGUUUCUGGUGCUAUUUGGGCUGCAAAAUAAAAGUACUUAUAUGUGUUUUGGGUGGGAGAAGGAAAUGCUAGUUCUAAACUGACAUACAAGUGGUGGGAAAUAGGCAGAGUACAGUUCCUUACUGUAAAACAAAGUUUACUGAAGCUCUUAAGCUUUGGGGGUAAUUUUUAUUUUUUUAACAAAACUCAGAUGUGACCAAAGUGUUGAGACAUUCUGCUGAAUGUUCUAAAUCUGUUAAACCGGCUUAAUUUGUCAGGUUUCUCUAUAUAAUUUAUUAUUGUCUUGUCUUCCGGAGGGGAGGGAGGGAAUGCCAGCUAUUGUUGUGUUCAAUGUUAUGAAUUUUAUUUAGACUGCACAUCACAUGAGGCUGUACUGACAGAAAACCUUCUUACAGCUGCUACAGGCUGGAUGUAUAGAAUGUUUUCCACAUUACCACUGACCUUAUGAAAACGUUCGGAGGAUGCCUUUUGAAGAUAAAUAAUGAGAUUUGUAUGUACUUCUACAUGUUGUGUUGUACAUUAUGUGCUGUAUAAACUUUAAAAGUAUAUUUCUAGAAGCUUAAUGAUUUUGUUGGUCCAUUUAAUAAAACAUUUUGCAUAUAAA